AUGAUCUUACUCGCACCCUGCACUGCAAGACGGUUGGAUUUCGUGCAUCACUCGGGGCUCUUCCUCCUGCACACCCUGAUCUGGAUUGUCUGCGCUACCGUCUGCGGAACGGAGCAGUAUUUCAAUGUGGAGGUUUGGUUACAAAAGUACGGCUACCUUCCACCGACUGACCCCAGAAUGUCCGUGCUGCGCUCCGCGGAGACCAUGCAGUCCGCCCUAGCUGCCAUGCAGCAGUUUUAUGGCAUUAACAUGACAGGCAAAGUGGACCGCAACACUAUUGAUUGGAUGAAGAAACCUCGGUGUGGCGUGCCUGAUCAGACGAGAGGCAGCUCCAGAUUUAAUAUCCGUCGGAAGCGAUAUGCAUUGACAGGACAGAAGUGGCAGCAUAAGCACAUCACCUACAGUAUAAAGAACGUGACUCCGAAAGUAGGAGAUCCUGAAACCCGCAAAGCUAUUCGGCGCGCGUUUGAUGUGUGGCAGAAUGUAACUCCUCUGACAUUUGAAGAAGUUCCCUACAGUGAAUUAGAAAAUGGCAAACGUGAUGUGGAUAUAACCAUCAUUUUUGCAUCUGGUUUCCAUGGUGACAGUUCUCCCUUUGAUGGAGAAGGAGGGUUUUUGGCACAUGCCUACUUCCCUGGACCAGGAAUUGGGGGAGAUACCCAUUUUGAUUCUGAUGAACCAUGGACGCUUGGGAAUCCUAAUCAUGACGGAAAUGACUUAUUUCUUGUAGCUGUUCAUGAGCUGGGACAUGCUUUGGGACUGGAACAUUCCAAUGACCCCACUGCAAUCAUGGCUCCAUUUUACCAGUACAUGGAAACUGACAACUUCAAACUACCUAAUGAUGAUUUGCAGGGGAUCCAGAAGAUAUAUGGUCCACCUGACAAGAUCCCACCACCUACGCGACCUCUCCCCACAGCACCCCCACACCGCUCUAUUCCUCCGCUGGACCCCAGGAAGAAUGACAGACCCAAGCCCCCCCGGCCACCCACUGGCAGGCCUUCCUACCCCGGAGCCAAACCCAACAUCUGCGAUGGGAACUUCAACACUUUAGCUAUUCUUCGACGUGAGAUGUUUGUUUUCAAGGACCAGUGGUUUUGGCGAGUAAGAAACAACAGGGUGAUGGAUGGAUACCCCAUGCAAAUUACUUACUUCUGGAGGGGGUUGCCUCCUAGUAUAGAUGCAGUUUACGAAAACAGCGAUGGGAAUUUUGUCUUCUUUAAAGGAAACAAAUAUUGGGUAUUCAAGGACACGACUCUUCAACCUGGUUACCCUCAUGACUUGAUUUCUCUUGGAAGUGGGAUUCCACCACACGGUAUUGAUUCGGCCAUCUGGUGGGAGGACGUUGGGAAAACCUAUUUCUUCAAGGGGGACAGGUAUUGGAGGUAUAGUGAAGAAAUGAAGACCAUGGACCCUGGCUAUCCCAAACCCAUCACAGUCUGGAAGGGCAUCCCUGAAUCCCCACAGGGAGCCUUUGUACACAAAGAAAACGGCUUUACGUAUUUCUACAAAGGAAAAGAAUAUUGGAAAUUCAACAACCAGAUACUUAAGGUAGAACCUGGAUACCCCAGAUCCAUCCUCAAGGACUUUAUGGGCUGUGAUGGACCGACAGACAGAGAUAAAGAAGGGCACAGCCCUCCAAACGAUGUAGACAUUGUCAUCAAACUGGACAACACAGCCAGCACUGUGAAAGCCAUAGCUAUUGUCAUCCCUUGCAUCUUGGCCUUAUGCCUCCUUGUAUUGAUUUACACUGUGUUCCAGUUCAAGAGGAAAGGAACACCCCGCCACAUACUGUACUGUAAACGUUCUAUGCAAGAGUGGGUGUGAUGUAGGGUUUUUUUCCCUUUCUUUCUUUUCCAGGAGUUUGUGGUAACUUGAGAUUCAAGACAAGAGCUGUUAUGCUGUUUCCUAGCUAGGAGCAGGCUGGUGGCAGCCUGGUUCGGGGCUGACCUUGCAAACCCAGAGAGUUGAUAGUCCUGUACACGAGUGGAGACUCCCUCGUGGGGAAGCUUCCAUGAUGCACAGUAUCUGCCGUUCUUCAGUCCUUUGUCUUUCUUUGUCAUUCAGUUAUAGGCCUUUCCUCUGCACGCUCAAUGCCCAGUCAAUUUUCAGGAUUAACUAAAGAGGAAAAAAAAAAGAAGAAGAAGAAGAAGAAGAAAAGAUUCUUCUUAAAGUUUUCUUUGAAUAUUUUUCUUCAGAAGCCUGAGCCCAUUUUCGGGGAGAAAAUUGCAAAAUGGAAAACCCACAUUUUUUUUAAAUUUUUUCUUUAAAACAAAGGAAAACAAAUGAAAAAGGUUCAACAACAAACCCACAUUUGAACUUUCAGAGAAGUGAAGACCCAAAACAGCUUUGUCUCCAAAGAAGAUAGCUCUCUUCCUGCUCCAGGAAGCCUAGUACACUUCGGAUUUGUCAGGUGGGAGAUACGGAAAACACACGCAGGACUUCAGACUGUUGGGACAGCCAUUUUCCAACAAACAAGGGGCCAAAAUAUCUGCAAUAUAGUAACAGCCUUAAUAAUACAUCCAUUUUUCGUUUUCUACAGCUGUUCUCAGCUACGUCCUCAAUGUCGCAUUGCAUUUAUACUCAUAGUUAAAUUCAAACUGGACCUUGACAUUGUUUUGAAGUGUUUCUCAACCCCUUCCUGCCACCUUCCCAAGACAUCAUUGUGAUACUCUCCCCAAGUUGUAUUAGGCCAUUGCCCCAGGCCUUCCACGGGUCUGUCAGGAAUAUUCAUUGCAAGCAGAGCAAGAAACAGUAUGUCUCUAAUGUGGUUUAAGUGACAGUUAUUUUCCAAGGAUAUGUGAUGCUGGUAAUACAUUGGUGUAACCCUUUGAGAACUAUCAGUGCAGCUUUCAGAGUCUUAGGAUCGCUGUCUGGUAAAUUAGCAAACAGGGCAAUGGUAAAAACAGGAAAGGGUUCGAGAAGUUCAGGUUUUUAAAAUAGAUAUAACCCAUGUAAUUUUUAAGUGGUUUAUGGUACUACAUAAAUGCUUUUUUUAACACAAAGAAAUGAUGUUACUUGCCAAAAACUUUCCUGGCAAAUAAAAAAGUAUUUUAUUAAGUAUCUUGUAAGAGUGAAAUUUUAUUUGAACAACUGACGAUAAUAGCCUGCCUUUUUACUCCCUUCUUCGUUUUCAAUUUCAGUUUUAAAGUCCACUGCAUGAAUGUCAAUUUUCCUUGGUACAUGCAGUUAGCAUUGCCAUUUUAAAACGAUGACUCUGAGAUUUGCAUGAGUACCCUUAAGUGCGUUAACUAUUGCAUGGCAACCAUAGUUCUCAAAGGGUUAAUGUGGCUUCUGGCAUUUAGCCAUCUAUUGGGAUCACUGACAGAGCCAAGAGACCACCAAAGCAUUUCAUUGUUGAGUGUAAUUUGUCAUUACAGCAGUAUUGUCAUUUCCUUGUGACCUGCAGAGCGGGUUUGUAUCAAUAUUUUUUUCCUAGAGAAAAGUCAGCAACUGACAGACCUCUAUUGAUUUCUGGGAGCUGCUUCUUGCAGUGAGAGGUUUCCAGCCACUGGGCUGUGAACUUAUUAGAGACGGGCAGAAGGAAUGCACCCCUGAGCGGAACAUUGGCUUUUUGGGAAAGCCAGCUUUUGAGGGGAUUAGCUUUUGAAACAAUGAACAGCUUGCCUUGAACUUGAUUAUUGAUCUGUUGACUGUCAUUAACAACAACUUAAACAUUGUCUUCUGUGAAAAUUUUUUCUUGAAGAGUCCGCUUCUGUGUCGUUGCCCUUUGACCUUUAACUUGCAAACUGGCACAAACCGAAAGAAAUCUGGCAUUGUUUCUCCAUUGGAUUGUUAAUUGUUCUCAAAAAACCUAGUAAGUGUGAGCUGUUUCCUUAGAGCGGAGACAGAGUGCCAUGAGGUUCACUGGAUGGACACUUUGCUUUUUACAUGCACACUCGGAAAAUGCCUGAUAGGUAGAAGUCACUUUUAAUUUUCCUUUAGUAUAAUUUCAAGUCUAUAUCCAUCAUUUUGUUACAAAUAUAAAACUAUAGGAGAAAAAAAAACCUCAAAAUACUUGAACGGCCAGCGUGGCUUUUAUAUAAAGCAGGAAUUUUAUACUAUUGAAAAUUUCUUACUCAUUUGCUAAGAAUACACAUUUCCAGAUGAUUUUUAAUGAGUGUAGGUAUACAUUCUUAUUUGGAAAUGGAUCGUUCGGCUGCCUUGAAUUUAUAUUUAUACUUAACAUAGCAUGAGAAUCCGAAUGCCUUUUGGUUGAGCUACAUGUUUAGGAAUUGGUUUGGGAAAACGUUUUGUAAAUCCUGGGUGGCAUGCUGAAAAGCCUUGCAGAAUGGUACUUCUUACAACCUGCACAUACAUAAUGUAAAGCUCGGGAGGGGACCGAAUAUCACUUUGAAGGAAGAAUCACUUUGGAGAAAAACAUUAUGCUUUGCAGACUGUACUUUAAGAAAAUGUUGGAGGUUAUGGAUAGAAGGACCCAAAAGGCAAGGGGAGAGGGUUAGGAUCAAUCCGGGCCUUUACUUCACUUCUUCCAUUCUACACGAUGCUAGUAUUGAGAGUCAUUGAGAGUCGUGUCCGCGUGCAUGAAGACUGUAUACAUAAGCUUGUUUAUCCCGUGUCUGCUUGUGGGAGCAGCUAAUCCAUUUAGGACCUUGCUAGCAAGGAGGAAAAAAAAUAAAAUGACUGGAAAUUAUAUUUAGCCAAACUUACAGAUGAGGCACUUUGUCAUUUAGGGAUGCUGACUUCUGUCAACCUGCAUUGAAAAUACAUUUGUGUUUUUUUGAUUUUUCCUCUAAAGUGAGAAUGAAAUGGAGGGAAUAAUCUUUUGCCUCUUAACUCAUUUGCCACAAUAUCCUGGUUCAUUAUAACACUAAGUUUAUAAGGGCUAGAAAAUAACCAUAGCAUUAAGAAGGGAAGGACUGUCAUGAUACAGGAUUUUAAGAAAUUUCAUGGAUUGUAUCGGAAAUUUUAGGUUGAAAUUAAAGAUGAGAUGAGAUGGAUGUGAUAAGAAAGGCACAAGUGGUUUCUCAAUAGAAACGUUUAAAUGUUUAAACUGUUCAGUCUGUGAAUGGCUACGGAGAUAAGAAAACAGGAAAUGCUGACAUCAUCACAAACAUCGGAAUUCUCUUUUUUUUAUUGUAUGCUAGGUUCCUUUUCAGUAUGACUGCUGACCCAUCUACAGAGAAUUUGGAAAAAUAAAUCUCAAUCUUAAUACACUAGUGAUAUUCGAGAAUGACUAUUGGUCUAACAUAUAACAAUAAUGAUUCCAACUGGUAAAAGUUAAUAUAUUAAUAGUUCCUAACAAUAGACACAGGCAAGCUAAGUAACAUUUUUCAUGAACACAUUACUAAUAGCAUGGAAAAUUUAACCUAGAAUUUCCUAACUUGUAAUGAAAAUAUAUUUACCAUUACAAAAAUAAUACUUCUAUUUCAUUGUUUCUUCUUACUUUAAAUGCAAAUAUAACUAAGAUAAUGUUUCUUACAAAAAUCAAGUAUACAUAGCUUAUAAUUUUAGCUAAAUAUUAUUAUUCUAUAUUAGUAAUUGGACUGAAUAAAAUACCAAAGGAUGUGUUCAAUAUAUACCUUCUAUAAAGCACUAAAUUUGCAUCAUACUUAUAGAGGAGGUUGUAAAUUUAACCAUUAUCCUUUUCAGAGCAAACUGUCUGCCAACAUGGCAUCAAAACAGGUAAAUACAACUGUUUACAAUUGAAAAAUUAGCAUAGAGAAGUUAGGAAAUGCCAUAAAAUAUGAGCAAAGAAAACUUCUUUAUAAAUCAGAGGGCAAAGCUUUUCUGAAUCAGUGAAACAAAUUACUAAGUCAUACUUUGCCAAAACAUUACUAAGUAAUAAAAAAAUAGGUUGACUUUAAUGAGCAAAUCUUACUUUUGCUAGUCAUGUUGCUUAUAAUCUUUUCCUGUUGACAUAAAUUUAUUCCAUAUACUAUGUAUACUUUUAUAUUUUAUUUCCUUUUUCUAUUGGUGAUUUUAAAAUGUAAUCUGGUGGAUAAGGGCACAACACAAUUUUGCUUAUAGUUCCAAUAUAUGGAUAACGAUUAGAUCCUUGAUGCAAGGGAGAAUAACAGUGUCAUGGUAGAAUGAAAAAUCCACACUUGGUGGAAUUCAUAGUAGAGUAUCCAGCGAAUCUUUACCAACUGAAGUCAGUGAGCUAAUUUAAGAUGAAUUGAUGUCAUAAAUACACAGGACUCACAUGAGUCAUGAAAAUAACAUUUCUUUAAAAGUUUUGGAAAUAUUUCUAAAACUAAUAAGGGUGUUGAUUUAUUGAUGGUAUUAGUCUUUAAGAUUGUAGCAUAAUCUUCAACAAAUUUGCGAAUCUAAUGGAAUAUUUUCUCAGUAAACAUUGUAGAGAGUUCAUUUAAUUUUUUUUUCAUGCACUCAAGAGCACAUUCCAAAGUACCACAGAUGUCACACAGAACACACUGUCUAAAUCAAAAAUGUUAAAUUCAGAUGAACUAUUACAAAUAGCUGUAAGUACAUGUCAGCCGGUAUAUGAUAUUGGACAAGUUUUCAAGGCAAUAAUGUUAGAAAAUCGACCAUCUCAUUGCAUUCAUGAACCUUCAUAAUAUUGAUUAAUUUUGACCCCAGGACAAGAAUCAGGCAUAUAUAUGUAUGCUUUAUGUUUCAUAUUGUCUAGAAUCAUCAGAAAAAUGUAUGCUAUUUUUUAAAAAUUAAUCAUCACAUAAUAAACAAAACAACUAUGAGGCAUAGCACGCAAUUAAUCAGAAACCACAUAUUUAGUAACUGUAAUAGAAAUGAAGAGGGAAAAUAAGUUCUUUAUAAAAUUUGAAAGCAUACUGAAGCAGUUUUAAAUACAACCAAAAAUUUUACUUUAAAAAGUAUAAAAAUAGUAUAGAAAAAAUUCUACUUCUAGCUUUUCACCCUAGUGAUGAAUAUGUGAUAUAUCAAUGUAUACAAUUAGGCAGUGGUCAGUAGAUACUUCCUUCCAUAAACACAUAUGAUACUCAUAUAUUGCCUUAUAGGCUGGAAAUGUCAAUGUUAGGUACUCCGAAGUCCCACUGGAAAGUUAUGUAAUAUUAGCAUCUUCUGAAAAAAAGCCAUUUGCUUAGGAUAGCAAUUUACCUCAAUAAUCACAAAACAUGAGGCAUAGAAGCAAAGAAAUUGCCUCUUGCUCUGCUCUCCUUUGUAAUGAUUGUUGUCGGUUCUGGGUUACUCCAAACAUUUUUCUUUUGUUUCCACUGGUAUAAUUUUGAAAUUAAGAUAUUUCAAGUCAUUUUAAGAAUAUUAAUUACCAAUAUCUUUUGUUGAUUUAUUAACAUAAUCUUUAAAAUUGAAUCAGUAGUAUAUAAGCCUAUAAAUGAACACUGACAUACUCACAGAUCUUGAGUCAAACACCAGAUAUAGUGUUGCAAUUUCUGAAGUAUUAGUCUUCAGUUUUCAAUCACAGAUGUGAGUCUGAUGACUGGACCUGAGGUGUCUAUUUUUUAGAAUGAUUCCAACUUUUUUAUUGUUAACCGAGGAUAUGAGAUUAUGAGUGCUGAGACAGCAUCCCAUAAGCUUCGUUCAUAAAAUUCAUUAGGGGAAAUUAGGGAAUUCUGAGAAACAUACGGUCAGUGUAUAAAAUCAUUAAAAGUUACAGAGAAAAUGUUUAUUCAUAAAGAUUUCUGAAGGUGUUAUGCCGUGUCAAUUUAAAAAGCAGUGUGUCUUGGAAUUUAUCUUGGAACUAACAUUGGACUGGGAAUAAUAUUCAAAUUUGCACACAAUGUGCCAUUAAGUUCAAGGGCACACUAGAGGUGUAGAGGUAUAGGGUAGAUAUAUCGUAAACUGGAAUGUUUUACUUCUAACUUUGCCAUGUGCUCUACUGUAGAGCUGGAUAUAUAUGCCCUUAAGAAGGGAGAAGAAAGUUAAUAUAAAUAUGAAAAUAAGAUCAUUGUGUCACGUUAGGUCACUUAGUUUCAGAGAAAGAUGUCAAGAGUUCUUUGUUUCUCAAAGAGAAGGUAGGAGAAAACGAUUCACAUGAAUAGGGGGAUGACAUUUUUGACUUACGGAGAUAUUUCUCAUUUUAGUUAUAUUUUUUUCUCUCUAGAAAACAAAAAUCACUCAUGAUAGAGACAUUUUAUAGCACUUGGUCUGUAACUAGCUUGGAUCCUAGGUAGAAUACUUUUUCACACGGGCCUUUUAUACAUGCCUCGUAGACAGUGAGUUUUGGGGAGAUAUGAGCAGAUGGCAGAUUAUUUUCUCUAGGACAGGAUAUGGUGCUGCUUGCCUUGCCACCUUUAAUAUGAAUGUAUGUUUCUAUGUUGGCCAGUCUUGCCGAGACAUGGGUGAAUAAUACCUGGUGUGGACAACCUUGAAAAUUCACUCGCAUGUUUAUUUGUUCUAACACAAUGCCCGUCUGAACUGUUCCCUCUUUAUUGACAAUCCAUUUGUGAAAGUAGAACAUAGUUUUCUUAAAGGAUUCAACUCUUAAUCAGUCUCAUAAUUUUUGCAACCAAUGAAAUAACACCAUCAAAACCACAUUGCCAGUCUUCUGCCAGCUCUUUCAUAUAUAUAUAAUUGCCUGAAUUUUUCUUUUUUGUCACUUCUUGAAUCUGACAUGGAAACCACUAUUCUUUUAUAGGUUUACAAAUACAAAAUUUCGCCAACUUCAUUAGUUUUUCACUUCUUAACAUGAUUUCCAAAAGCAGAAGGGUUGUAUGCCUGGGUUUUGUUUCUCUGAUUCUAUUAUUAUUUGAUUUAUUUCUGUUCCUCACCCCAAAACACAGACAGUUGAGAGGAAUAGAGUAUUUGAUGUUGUCUUAUGUAGUGUGUGCCUAUAUUUGCCUUCCUUUCAAUUUCUACCUUGCCAUACCUACCCCCCUUUUUCAUAUUUAAUUUUCCCUUUCCUUCGUGAAUAAAAGAGAAAAAGGAAAUGAGCAGCAUUUACUAUAGGUAUAGUGCCCAGAAAAUAUAACUUGUCUUCAAAAUUUCCCUUCACAAAUUUCAGACAAAGACUCACUUUGUUCCUAUAAAACUUACAUACCUCCCAUUUUUUUGCAUUUGAUACUGACUUCUUGCAUUGGAUUUUGACUUCAGGCUGUUCUCCCUGUAAAAAUUGAAAUGCUGAGAGGAUGAACACUGCUUUCUAUUGAUAAGCCAGCUUAGGAAGUUUGCUUUUAAGAACGUAUCUUUAAUAAUUAGGCAGGAAAAAAAAACUACAAUGCAAUGUUCUGCUUAAGGUACAUAAUAAGUACACAAAUACUUAAAGCCUAACUCUUUGGUCAAGUUCCUUUUGUGUGUAAAUUACAUAUAUAUUAAAAACAAUAGAGAAUAAAAGAUUAAGGGAUAUUAUAGUGGCAGCUUUUUGCUGCAUUGGUUUGCCUGCAUCAGCAUUUCUAUUGUGGACCUCUAUUUUCAGGGGUUUUAGAGACUCAUCCAUAAAAAUUUGCUUCAGGUUUGAAAGUCUUGGGAGAUUCUUUUUUAGCUAUAUAAUUUUAAACGAAUAUAUCUUGUUUUUAUAUUAUGAGAUGGAAACAAAUGGAUUUUACUAGUUCAAUUUUGCGCUAAUAUAACUUUUAAUAAACUUAAUUUUUUAAUGAAAACAUAAAAUCUAAUUAGUCCAUAGUCUAUUGAUGUUUUUUUAAAGUAUCAAUUAUUGACUUUGAGAAAAAUUGCCUGCUUUAUCAGUGUAGUAAUUUAUCUUUAAGAUGCUUUAAAACUUCCAUACCUGUAUUAACAUUAUUUUGAUUCCGAUAGUGGAUCAGUAUAAUGAAUGCAAUUUAUGCCAUAAAUAUGAGCUAUCUGGUUAAAUAGAUUUGGAACUAUAUAGUAUAUAUUGCAUAUAUAUGUGUAUAUGUAUAUAUAUAGUCACUGAAUAGAUUAAAUGGGAAAAGCUCCUGCAAGUUAGUUUGUAAGGAAAUACCACAUAUAUUUUUAAAACAGACAUUUAACAUUCAAAAUGAGAUGCAAGUAACUACAAGACAAACUUGUCUUCAGCAAACAAUACAAAUUUCUAGCUUAUGAAAAUCAUUUUUCCUUUCCAUCCUGUGGUAGUACAAAAUUGAAAGAAUUUAAUGGAUAAAAUUAUUAAAGACUUAGUUUAAGUACAAACUGAAUUAGAGAAAAACACUAGAAAAUUAUAUGUUUGCGCCUUUUUCUUUUGGUUGUCUAAUGAUACGUUACCAUUACUUUAAUCCCCCCAUGAUAUUUUUCAGUUAUGGAAAGUAUUAACAUUUAAUUUUAAGCUUAUGAAUUGUUCACACUACACUAAAUAUGAUUUCAUUAAAUUUUUUAUAAUAUAUAGUCUUCUGUGUGCAAGGAAAGAAAUAAAUAACACAUUUAUUUCUCGUAUGACUUUUACAGUUUGCAAAUUAUUACUGGUGUUUUGCUUACACAGGAUUCUAUGCAUUUAUACCAUAUACCAUAUUAACUUUGGCAUACAUAUAUAGAUAUAUAUGUGUAAUAUAUAUCUAUUCAGAUAGCUUCUACUGACAAACACAAUGUUUGUGUGCAAAUAUAAGGCUGAAUAAAUGGUGCUAAAGUGUAUUAUGACUGUCAGAUAUAAUCAGGCAAAUUUUGUGGUGCUUAAAAUUAAUUUUUUCAUUGAUUUUAUUGAUCAAUGCAUUGAACAGUGUUUAUUAUUCACACGCUGUCAAGGCCUCAUAGCACAUUGUUAAGUAAAGUGGUUGAUUAGUCUAUGUAAUAGCUCACCAAGCUUCUCUCUCUUUAACUCCUUAAAAUGUUGUGUCAUUAAAGGUCAAGGGGUCAUGUUAUUAAUCCCAUCACUGUAUCAUUAACAUGACUGAACUUUUCACAAAGUACUUAUGUUUACAAUGCUAUAACCCUUUGACUGCUGAGACAACCUUUAACCACACAAAUGUCACAAGCUAGAAUCAUCAGCAUGGUUCUUGCCAUGGCAAUCAAAGAGUUAAGGGCUGUGCAGUGAUUUGUUUGUAUUUAUUGAUUUAUAUUUAUUUUGUUUUCAUUUAAGGAGGGGAUUUUUGGGGUGGGGCAGUUUUUGUCUGCUGUAAGUGUCUUAACCUAGUGAAGGGUUAAAUGGCUUUUUAUACUAUUGCAUCUUCUGUAUUUACCAUAAAUUCAUUGUGUUGUAAUUUUAAAAAAAUCUGUCAAUAAAUAAGAGAACAGAAAAAUG